AUGGAUUCCUUUGAGCUGUUGGAAGGGACAGACGAGUGUGAAGAUGUCGCUCACCGAUGUUUGGUGGGAAAGGUUUUGGCCCCAAAGCUCUUAAACAAGCCAGCGGUGUCCAAUAUUCUCCUUGGGGCUUGGAAAAUUAGAGCGGGGGUCUCCAUUACACCAUGGAAUGACAAUGUGUAUUUCUUUCAGUUUGAAGAUGUUGGGGAUCGCCAGAGAAUUCUUGACGAGUCACCUUGGUCUGUUAUGGGCAAUCUGCUAGUCCUUCAGCCACUCCAACUCGGAAGGGCUACGAUUGAGUUGGAAUUUCGUUGGAGUCCUUUUUGGGUUCAAGUUCACGGCCUUCCAAUUGACAAGAUGACGCAAGGUCAUGGGGAAGUUAUUGGUAAUAGAAUCGGGUAUUUGGUGGAGGUUGAGGCACCGUUGACUGGACUCCUUUUACACCGCAACUUUCUGCGAUUGCGAGUGGAGGUAGAUGUCGUCAAACCUUUACUUGAGGGUUUUAUUCUCCAUCGUAGAGGUAACACAGGACUAGUAGGAGAUGGGAUUAAAGUCUUCUAUAAAUAUGAGAAAUUAACGGAGUUUUACUAUGAUUGUGGACGUAUCGGUCAUGAUAAUGCUUCCUGUAAAUUUGUUUCUAAAGAGGAGGGAUUAAAUUCAGGGUAUGGACCAGAACUUAGAGCUGGCUCAACGAGAAGUUUGGUUUAUCUUCUGGGACAACAGCAGUGCUCACCGACGACCAGCCACCCGGUGGGAGAUAAGACAGUGGAGCGCCCAAGUGGGGGGUCGGAAGGUGUAGCGCGUGGGCUUGAACCGCCUGCUCCACGCAAGGUGGCAGAGAACGUGACAGUAUUAUCUGACCCUCGUUAUAAGGUGGACAUGGCUGCUACGGAGACCUUACCAGCUGAGGAUAGCCUGCCACGUACCCCAGUAGUGCAUCUAGAAUCUUCUUCAUCGUUGAGUCUCUCCACCCUUGUUGAUAGAAUAGUAACUGGGCCUCAAAUUUCACCUGGUAGGCUACACAGUGAUGCAUUAGUGUUAGGACUGGGCCUUGAUAGCAGUGAGCCUUUCUAA